AUGAUUGGGAGGAACAACACUGGAGUGACAGAAUUCAUUCUUUUAGGGUUGGCAGUCCAUAGAGAGAUAGAAAUCAUUCUCUUUCUGCUCAUUCUAGUGGUCUACAGUCUGACUUUGGUGGGAAAUGUAGGAAUGAUUACAUUAAUCAGAUUGGAUUCUCGACUCCACACCCCCAUGUACUUCUUCCUCAGUAAUCUGGCCUUUGUGGACCUUUGCUAUUCCUCUUCAGUGGCCCCCAAGUUCCUGGAGACCCUCCUCACCAAUAGAAGGUCUAUAUCUUUCUAUGCCUGUGCAACCCAGCUCGGUUUUUUCCUGAGCUUCUUGAUUUCAGAGAUGUUCCUCCUCGCAGUAAUGGCUUAUGAUCGCUAUGUGGCCGUUUGUAAUCCUCUGCUGUACAUGGUGGUCAUGUCCCAGAAGGUGUGCCUACGGCUUGUAAUGGGUCCCUACUUUUACAGCUUUGCUGUUGCUUUGCUCCACACAGUAGUUACAUUCAAACUGAUCUACUGUGGUCCCAAUAUAAUCAAUCACUUUUAUUGUGAUGAUGUCCCUUUGAUGGCUCUUGCCUGCUCAGACACCAGCCUCAAGGAGAUUUUGAUAUUCAUCUUUGCUGGAUUCAACAUGAUCAGUUCUUUGACCACUGUCCUGAUUUCUUACUUAUACAUUGUGGCUGCUAUCUUGAGAAUCCAGUCCACAGAAGGGAGGUGCAAAGCCUUCUCAACAUGUGCUUCUCAUCUCACUGCUGUGACUAUAUUCUAUGGGACACUCAUCUUCAUGUAUCUGCAGCCAAAAUCAAGCCAUUCCCUUGACACAGACAAAAUGGCCUCAGUGUUUUACACAAUUGUCAUUCCCAUGCUCAAUCCCAUGAUCUACAGCUUAAGGAAUCAGGAGGUAAAGAAUGCUCUGAGGAAAGCCCUUGAAAAAUGCUAUGUAGUACCUCUAAGGCACCUUAAGAAAGGAAUUUCUUGA